AUGGACUGCUUUCAAGACUGCUGCCUUUUCUGUGACCGCGACUCCCCCGACGGCCCGUACUGCUCCCAGCACUGCAGAAUGGCCGAUAUGGAAAAGUCCAGCAUAUCCAACUCAAGCUCGCCGACUUCUCCAUCGGCAUUUCGAACAGAAUUGAAGCGGGACGCCCGUUACCAGCUGUCACCGGCACUCAACUUCAACCAAGAACGAACGCCGGGUUACGAUGCUCCUGCCGCCACUGAUUCGAAGCGACCACGCUCUUCGUACUUUAUGUGGUCCACACCAGCCCAGCAACAUGAGCAUAUCUCAUCAGAGGAACGCUCUCUAUCCCCGUCCUCGUCCAGGACGUCAUUAUCAUCAACGACCAGCGCGUCGAGUCUGAACUCCCGCAGUGGAUUUCUUCCUCAGACCAAAAAGGAACUUCAGGACUAUUACAGCCUUUUCGACCAAGCCCGGGCAGCCAAACGAAGGUCGAGCACAAGGUAA